AGCUUUCUUAUAAUGAUGUAACAUACAAUGUAGGUUUAAAGGGUGUGAAGGUAGGCAUUGUUUUGGUAGAACUUCAAGUAGAACUGUUCUCGAUUCUUGUUUUCAUUUUCAUAAAAAAUUAAAACUUAUAUAAAAAACUAAUGUAUUGAGCUAUAAGAACAAUAAGAAGAGUUAAAUAAAACAUAAAAGAUGGAAGCUGACUUUGAAACUAAAAAGAAAAUGCUUUUUGCAUCACUUGAAAAUGCUGAGAAAAAUCUUCAAGGUACAAUUUUGGAGCAAAAGGAUAAUUCAGGAGAUCUCUCAUAUGCAAAUCAGACAAGAAAGAGAAACAGAGAUGAAUACACUGAUAAAUACAAGAACCGUGGUAGUUUAUUUAAGAGACCUAAUCUUCCUAUAAGUAAAUGUUUAAAGAGUCGUAAACAACCUGACUAUGUGAAAAAUCCAAACAAGUGGCAGCAUUACUCAUUAGACGAUGUUUCGGAUACAUCGGAGCGCAUGAAUACAUCAGCAGCAUUUAGUUUUCUCAAAGAAAUUGAAGCUCGCAAAGAUUCGGAAUCAGUAAUGAACAUUGAUGACGAAAAUAAUACUUCAAAGAUUGUGUUUAAGAAAUCUGUAAGAUUGAAACCAAAGCAACAGGAGAUUGAUCCUCAUUUAGACACAAAAAAGAUUCAGAGUACAAAAAUUGUGAUGCCAGAAUAUGUUGUUGGUCAGAAGAAAGAGAAGCCUAAAAGAGAUCGAAAGCCAAAAGAUCGUGAACAAGCAGGAACUUCAAAGCUUAAAUUGUCUCAUCUUGAUGAGGAACUUGACGAUGCAGAUGAAAAUUAAAAUGAAAACAAUAAAAUGACAUCAUUUAUUAUUAAUCCCAUUCAAUAUGUAGUUGUUUACCCCAAAAAAUUCUAAUAAAAAGUCGCGAUAUUAAGAAAAUUCUAAUAUACCUAAAUAAAUAUUUAAAGUGUAGUUAAUAGAAAUUUAAGCAACAAUUUCAAAGAACGUUGAGAGUAGAGAACUCUCAUCAACUUAAAAUACAAAUU